AAAGUGUCGUUCGAGGGAAACAAAUCCUGAUUACAGCACCAAGCCGGCAACCAGUCGCAUUUUAGCAGCCGUUAGCGUCGUUAGACCAGAAGAAACAUAACAUAGAACAGUUCGGUGCUCUCUUAUCCAACCCAUCAUCGAUCUGUGAUCAGCGAAAGUGCAAAAGAUAUUUUUAGUCGGUUGAAUACAUCGUGAAGAAGAUAAGGUCCAUCUAUUUCGGCGGGCAGCUAUUCGAGAAACCAAGCGACCUGUUUCUAGAACAUUCAAGUGUUCGGGUGAGCUUGAGAUUUUCAAGUGCAAACUGAACUUCUCGUGAUAACAAAAGAACAACAAACUACAUAAAAUGGGUGUCCAGGACGUCCAGGAUCAUGUACCGGUGCAAUGCGAUUUUGAAAUCUUCGGUCAGGUGCAAGGAUGUGGAUUCACGAAACACUGCAGAGACAACUGCAUAGCACUCGGCAUCAAAGGAUGGGUGAAAAACUCUAAACAAGGCACCAUCAUGGGCAAAAUGCAGGGAGCGAAGGGAGAUGUCAGCAAAAUGGUCGAAUGGCUGUCGAAAACCGGAUCCCCUGGCUGCAAGAUCGACAAAGCAGAAUUCACAAACUGGGGCACGCUGUCCCGGUUUGCGUUCACAGACUUCGCUAUUAGAUUCUAAGGUCCCUCCGUACCAUUUGGCUUAAUUUUAAACUCAAGGAAAUUCGGCGACAGCGUUCAGAAGGCUGUUUUUGCUAAUUAAUGUGAACAAAACUGUAACUAAUAAUUUAUGUGGAGCACAGAAGUAAUGGGAAUCGGCAUUGCUGACUACACAGUGGGCAAACAUAUAAUUUGCUUCCAGAACCGUGCUGUAUUCUGUAUGUAUAUGUGUCAAAACUAGAACAUAUUUUCUUUAUUUACGCCUAAUAGAAAUCCAACCAAACAUCGAUUAAUAAAUACCGGUAUCGGAACAGGCAGUAAAACAGUUAGGUCGCUUUAACUACAGUUUAAACACAAUUCUUUCCUUUGUUUGGGCCCGAAAGGAUCUUUUAGGUGACAGCGCUGUCUAGCUUUUAAGUUCAAAAUGUAUAAUUUACUUUUAAUUAGAGGAGAAUAUUGAUAAAUAUAAAGAUUUAUUAUUACGAUUCA